GGGCCGGGCCAUGUGAUGCCGGGCGGGCGGCGGGCAGGCCGGGAUCCUGUGGCAGCCGGCAGGCGCGCGGGGAGCGGGGAGCGGGGAGCGGGGGCGGCACCAGCGCGGGCGCCGCCACCCCGGCCUGGGCGCGCGGCCGCGGCUCCGCCCCUCCGCGCUGGCCGCCGGGUCGCCGCCGGGCGUUGGCAGCUUCGGAGAGCCUUCCCGGCUCCGGGCGCCCGCGGGCAGGGCGCGGGGGCAGCGCCUCGCUCGGCUGCGGAGGCUGCGGGGCCACCGCUCCAGGGGCAGAUGACGGUGUGUGCGAAGUUCGACAAAAAUGUCUAUCUUCCUAAAGAUGCUGAGUUUUACUUUAUUUAUAACGGAUCUCAUCAGAGACACGUGGUGAUUGCCGAGCGCACGGAGGACAACGUUCUCCAGUCCAGCAUUCCAGGCCACGGGCUUCAGGAGACGGUGACGGUGUCUGUGUGCCUCUGCUCAGAAGGUUACUCCCCGGUGACCAUGGGCUCCGGAUCCGUGACCUACGUGGACAACAUGGCCUGCAGGCUGGCCCGUCUGCUGGUCACCCAGGCCGAUCGCCUCACUGCCAGUAGCCAUCAGACCUUGCUGACCCCGUUUGCCCUGACGGUGGGAGCGCUGCCUGCUUUGGACGAGGAACUCGUGCAGGCGCUGACCCAUCUGGAGUUGCCUCUUGGGUGGACCGUCUUGGGACAUUCUUCACUUAAAGUUACUCUUCCCAGAGAGUCCCUGCUCCACCUGGCUGUGCGCUGGGGCCUGCCGAAGCUGUCCCAGUUCCUCGUGUGUCUCCCGGGGGGCGUUCAGGCCUUGGCUUUACCCAAUGAAGAGGGUGCCACGCCAGUAGACUUAGCUUUAAAUGGUGGGCACUCCACGCUGGCUGACAGCAUCACAAAUUUCCAGGGCAGACGUUCCCCAGCCUUCUCCCGAGUGCAGCUCAGCGAAGACGCCUUCCUGCAGUAUAUCCACGCGUCAGGGACGCUGACCCUGACGCUCCACCACACGGCCGAGCAUUUGUUGGAGGCAGACAUUAAACUCUUCAGGAAAUACUUUUGGGAUAGAGCCUUUCUCAGCCAGACUCUUGAAGAGCAAGAAACCAGGCGAGAGGAAAAAUCAGAUAUGCCUUCCAGUACUGCAGAAACCGAAGAAGAGGUUAAGAAUUUGGUGUCCAGUAGAUCUUCACCUGAACAGGAGGAUGGAAAGGGCGUGAAAAGCCUGGUGGUUCAACUGAAUGAGCAUGAAGACCAGGACAGUCUAGAUUUGGAUCGCUCCUGUGAUGUCCUCAGAAAAUCCAAGCAGCCCCCCACGUUCCACGCUGCCGGUGGGCUUUCUGACAUGCUGAACGGUGGCGAUGAAGUCUAUGCUAACUGUGUGGCGAUAGAUCAGGUUGGUGAUUUGGAUAUUAACUAUAUAAACCUAGAGGGAGUCACUACACACACCUGCCCUGAGUCCAUGGAUUCUACUCUGACACCUCAGAGCGGCAAGCAUAUCCUUUCUACCGAAACCAGCCCUGGCAGGCACCCGCUCCAUGAGAAUAAGGAAGUGACAUCAAAUACUGAAGCCCAACAGUCCUUCACAUCGCCAUCUAGUUCAUGUGCUUCUAACUUAAAUCUUUCUUUUGGUCUUCAUGGAUUUGAAAAGGAACAAAGUCAUCUAAAGAAAAGAAGUUCCAGCCUCGAUGCCCUGGAUGCGGACAGCGAGGGGGAAGGGCCGGCGGAGCAGGCCCACCUGUGCUACACGCCCGUGUCGCAGACUUCCCCCAGAACCGGGAUUCCCAGUGGGGAUGAAUUAGACGCUUUUGAGACCAACACUGAACCAGAUUUUAACAUCUCCAGGACUGAGUCACUUUCUCUAUCAAGUAACCUUCAGUCAAAGGAAUCACUACUUUCUGGAGUCCGCUCACGUUCUUAUUCCUGCUCAUCACCCAAAAUUUCUUUAGGAAAAUCUCGGUUGGUGCGUGAUUUUACAGUGUGCAAUGCAAGUGAAGAUGGUGUGCUCCACAGUGGCCGCUCCCUCCAUCAGUCUCUCUCACUGUCUAAAUCAGUGGCUCUGCUCCAUCCCUGUAAGCAAAGAGCAUACAGUUUACCAGAGCCGCCAGAGGAAAAAAGAAUUCCGGAAGAAGAAUGGGAUAAAUACAUCAUACCUGCCAAAUCGGAUUCUGAAAAGUACAAAGUGAGCCGAACUUUCAGCUUCAUCAUGAAUCGGAUGACUAGCCCUCGGAAUAAAUCUAAGACAAAAAGCAAGGAUGCCAAAGACAAAGAGAAGCUGAGUCGACAUCAAUUUGUCCCUGGAACUUCCUCUGUAGUUCUACAGUGUUUGGUUUGUGAUAAAACGCUCCUGGGGAAAGAGUCGUUGCAGUGUUCCAGCUGCACUGCAAAUGUACAUAAGGGUUGUAAAGAUGCUGCACCUCCAUGUCCCAAGAAAUUCCAAGAGAAAUAUAACAAGAACAAACCACAGACCAUCCUUGGAAAUUCUUCAUUUAGAGACGCCCCCCUGGCUGGUCUCUCCUUGCACCCUUCUUCCUCCAUGCCCAUCGGAUUGCCGGCCGGGAGGAAAGACACUGCGGGGCCGGCCCAUCCGUUGUCCAGAAGCGUUCCCGGCACCACCUUGGACAGGAGGCCAGGCACAUCCUUGGAGUCCGAGAGUGACGGGAACGCCUGGAGAAGCAGGUCUCAUUCCGAUGAGCUCUUACAGUCCAUGGGCUCAUCACCCUCCACGGAUUCUUUCUUAAUGGAAGAUGUCGUGGAUUCUUCUCUGUGGAGUGACCUCAGCAGUGAUGCCCAGGAGUUUGAAGCCGAGUCGUGGAGUCUUGUGGUGGACCCCUCAUUUUGCAGUAGGCAGGAGAAGGAUGUCAUCAAAAGACAGGAUGUCAUUUUUGAGCUAAUGCAAACGGAAAUGCAUCACAUCCAGACCCUCUUCAUCAUGUCUGAGAUCUUCAGGAAAGGGAUGAAGGAGGAGCUGCAGCUGGACCACAGCACUGUGGAUAAAAUCUUCCCCUGCUUGGAUGAGUUACUUGAAAUUCAUAGGCAUUUCUUCUAUAGCAUGAAGGAGCGGAGGCAGGAAUCCUGUGCUGACAAUGACAGGAAUUUCGUCAUUAACCGGAUUGGAGAUAUUCUAGUCCAACAGUUUUCAGAAGAAAAUGCAAAUACAAUGAAGAAAAUAUACGGUGAAUUCUGUAGCCAUCACAAAGAAGCUGUCAGCCUAUUUAAAGAACUCCAGCAAAAUAAAAAGUUUCAGAAUUUUAUUAAGCUCCGAAAUAGUAAUCUUUUGGCUCGACGCCGAGGAAUUCCAGAAUGCAUCCUGCUAGUCACUCAGCGCAUCACCAAGUACCCCGUGUUAGUGGAGAGGAUAUUGCAGUACACAAAGGAAAACACGGAAGAACAUAAAGACUUAUGCAAAGCUCUUUGCCUAAUAAGAGACAUGAUUGCAGCAGUGGAUUUAAAAGUCAGCGAAUAUGAGAAAAACCAAAAAUGGCUCGAGAUCCUAAGUAAGAUCGAAAACAAAACAUAUACCAAGCUCAAAAACGGCGAUGUGUUUAGGAAGCAGGCGCUGAUAAGCAAAGAGAGGACUUUAUUACAUGACGGCCUUGUUUUUUGGAAAACUGCUACGGGCCGUUUCAAAGAUAUCCUAGCACUACUUCUAACUGAUGUGCUGCUCUUUUUACAAGAAAAAGACCAGAAAUACAUCUUUGCAGCUGUUGAUCAGAAGCCAUCCGUUAUUUCCCUUCAGAAGCUUAUCGCCCGAGAAGUUGCUAAUGAGGAGAGAGGAAUGUUUCUGAUCAGCGCUUCUUCUGCUGGCCCUGAGAUGUAUGAGAUUCACACCAACUCCAAGGAGGAGCGAAAUAACUGGAUGAGACGGAUCCAGCAGGCAGUCGAGAGUUGCCCAGAAGAAGAAGAAGGGAGGACAAGUGAGUCUGAUGAAGAGAGGCGGAAAGCUGAAGCAAGAGUGGCCAAAAUUCAGCAAUGUCAAGAACUACUCUGUAAUCAAGACCAGCAAAUCUGUACGUAUCUGGAGGAGAAGCUGCAUAUCUACGCUGAGUUGGGAGAACUGAGUGGAUUUGAGGAUGUCCACCUGGAGCCCCACCUCCUCAUCAAACCGGACCCCGGCGAGCCUCCCCAGGCGGCCUCCUUGCUGGCAGCGGCACUGAAAGAAGCUGAGAGCCUGCAGGUCGCAGUGAAGGCCUCCCAGGCGGGCGAUGCCUGUCAGUCCCCCGAGGAGGGGUGUGCAGAAGCUGCCUUGCCCGAUGUGCCCAGUUGUGAUGCGCCAGGACCGCCGACUGCUUCACUAGUCACAGAAGGGACAGGAGGAAGAGGCUGUUGGGAUGUGGACCCCGGGACCCAGGGUGUGGGAGCCGACUUGGCGGCCUCUGAUGCAGGGGAGAAGGAGGAAUAUAGAAGUUUUCCAGGUUCCCCUCAGUCAGAGAUUAUACAAGCGAUACAGAAUUUAACCCGUCUCUUAUACAGCCUUCAGGCCGCCUUGACCAUCCAGGACAGCCACAUCGAGAUCCACAGGCUGCUUCUCCAGCCGCAGGACAGCUCGUCCCCGGGCCCCUCCUUCCGAGGCAGCCCCUUCCAGGACCCGGACAAGCACCGCAGCCUGGAGAAGCGGCGAGAGGAGCUGGCCGACAUCCCCAAGCUGCAGCGCCAGUUCCAGCAGGACCAGCGGCGCUGGCAGCGCAGGUGCGACCAGCAGCAGCGGGAGCAGGAGGCCCGGGAGAGCUGGCUGCAGGAGCGCGAGCGGGAGUGCCAGUCGCAGGAGGAGCAGCUGCGCAGGAGCCGCGGGGAGCUGGACCUGCAGCUGCAGGAGUACCUGCAGAACCUGGAGCAGCUGAGGGCGGGCCAGCGCCUGGUGGAGAGGGAGAGGGGCAGGAUGCGCGCCCAGCAGAGCCUGCUGGGCGGCUGGAAGCACAGCCGGCAGAGCAGCCUUCCCGCGGCCUUCUCUCCAGGAAGCCAGGAGGUAAUGGAACUUAAUCGCUCUGAGAGUUUACAUUAUGAAAAUUCACUCUUCAUCAACGAUGCUUUAGUACAAAUGUCAUGUAACACUUUCGACAAAUCAACUCCACCAGCCAUCCACCAGGACGCCACUUGCCCCCCCAGUAUAUCUAACUCUGACUCGGAAAGGACUAGUGAAAAUCAAGUAGACCUCAAGACAGGUGUUUCUCAGCCCACGGGUGAAAACCAUGAACUGUGGACAGCCGCUGAGUCCUGUCAGCAGACAGCCCCCCUCCACCAAAGCAGCGAGGAUUCUUGUCAAAAUGAUUUGGACAUCUCUGAGGCUGAGUUCCCAACCCCCCCUGACUCAAACCCACCCGGCCCUGAGCUGCAGACGUUUAUAGCAGAAGCAAAGCUAAAUCUACAGACGCUGACCAGGCAAGAUGGGGAAACUGGAGAUGGAGCCGAAGAAAAUAUUGUUUACCUCUAAUUGUGUUGUCAUUAUUUUUCCCAACAAAACAGAACACUGGCAUUUUGGGGAGAAUUUUUAUUUUCCUCUCCUGAUAUGUGUGUGACUGUGUCCAAAUUGCUUUAAGAGUAAUAGUUAAUAUUUCAUGCAAGUUCCUUUUGGGGGGCAUGAGUCUAAUAAUUAAAUUAUUGAAAGCAGCUCUGUGUGUAUAAUGGUUAACUUACCAUACCUAAUUUCAGAUUUCUGGAGGAGAAAUUAACUUGAAUAAGCAGAAAUAUCUUCAAAGUUCUGACUCUGGACUGAAAUUGCACAUUGCAUUUUCUACUGAAUCAUCUGGUUUUUGAAAUGCCCUUUAAGACCCAGAUGAAGCAAUUUGAACGGAAAGAAUGAUAUUCAUGAUGGGCGAACUUUCACAAUCACAGCAGUUGAUUACAGCAAGUGGCCUCCCUGCCCCAGAGACAGAGGAGGCUGUGGGAAAGGCCUUUUCUUGCUUAGUUUUUCCAUGCUAACUGCUCUUUGGGACAUCAAAGGGUUGCUCCUGGUGGUGACCUGUCACAGUCCCGGUGCAGCCAACGUGUGCUAUUUGGACACUGUUCUGAGCAGGAGACCACUCUGCCAUGGACACAGUCUGGACUCUUAUGACCUGCGCCACAUGCUUCGCAGAUGCACUUCCUCAGCCCAGUGCUGGUUGUUUUUCAAGCCACAUCUUUGAAGAGAGCCCAGAGGCAAAGCUCCAGCGCGGUCAAUUUUGCUGUAAAUAGUGAAACUCCAGUAGUGUCCUCACUUCUCUCAUCUGGCCCUGUCCUGCCAGGCCUGGGAGCACCAACUACCACUCACUAGAAGCAUCUCUCCCUGCAGUUCUUUAAGGACAGAAACUGCUCUCUCGGCAAAGCUUACUGCCUGUUUGUGAUUUUCCACAAAGGAAAGCUGUUACGUUCUGUCCUCAGAGUAAUAUGGGUCUCUGUGUGAGAAAAUAAACCAGAAAAUGUUUUCAGCUUGUUCUUCAGAAAUACUUGUACAUGUUUCGGUCAGUGUCAAUAAAUGUCCUUUACCUGUC